AUGUCCACCUUUACAAUUCACUACUUCGCAACUGCUUCCCAAUAUACAGCGAAAAACACAGAAUCCCUCGCUGCACCACUCCCCCUCCCAGAUCUUUUCAGUCAACUUGAAAAGCACUAUCCUGGAAUUGCGGACAAGAUUCUGUCCAGCUGUGGUGUCAGCCUCAAUGGCGAAUAUGUCGAUGUGAAGGAAGAUGUCGACGUGGUGAUUACGCCUGGAGCCGAGGUUGCCAUUAUUCCGCCAGUGAGCUCGGGAUGA